UCGGGAGGAAGGAAAAGCUUACGGAAGCUCCCCAGAGCCUACCGUAGCAGAGAAGUAUCUUGCCGAGGGUCUCUGGGUGCCGAGGGGCUGGGACGCGAGACGGUGUGCCCCCGCCAGCUCGUCGGAAGUGUCUGCAAGAGCUAGGAGGUGGGGAGCGGCAGAGAGGGCCCCCGGCUUUGCGGUCCCCGGGUCCGUCUCCAGUCCACCGUCCCUCCACCAGCGGAGGCGCGAACUUGUGGGGAGGCCCUCCCACCCCUGUCUCGGGCAGGGUCUUCUGUGGAGCCUCGCGAAGAAGUGCCCCUAAAGCGCCGUGGCGCCGACUGAACAAGCACUGGGGCGGUUUUUUUGUUUUUUGUUGUGUUUUUUUUUUUUUUUUUAAGCGGCUCUGGACGGAAGUGUGGCUUCAGCAGCAGAGCGCAGCGCUGACCUGCGUGGGAGGAGCCAGAGUGGCGCCCACCGCCCCAGCGCGAUAGCUCGCGCUGCCUGCAGUCCCAACACUCCCGAGGUUGAGGCAGGAGGGUUGCUCCGAGCUCGAGGCCGAUCUGGGCUGCAGAGUUAGACCCAGUUUCAAACCAACAAAAAAAAAACAAAACAAGCAAGAGUUGGGCCCACCCGGAACCUAGCGCCGGAAGCGUGUCCGUGUAGAAACACUGAUCGGAGGGACAGGAAGUGUUCCUGGGCGGAAGUUUCCGGGGGAAGGUUUAGCUCCCCGGACACUUCCUGGUUCCUAGUAACAAUAGGAAGUGUCCGCGGAACUGUGGUAGACUCUUGGCGUAUACCAGCUGUGCCCUGUUACCUCUUUCUCCUCCUUUCUCCCCCCUCUUUCCCUCAUCUACCACUCCCGGGAACCCUGGCUGAGUGUACGUGGGUAUGAGCUCGAGAACACUUGCACCAGCAACCACUUAGGGCUCGCGGCUGCAGUUAGGGUGAGGGUCCCAGUGCGCAGGCGCGCUCCCGUUCACGACCUCCAACGGACGCGCCGGCGGCGGGAACCAGAAGGCACUCCUGGUGCGAGGUAGGGAUCUAGAGAAGAAAUUGGCAGAAAAGACGAGUGACUCUAGAGAACCGUGAUGUUGUUUGCCUAUGGACAAGGGACUCGAGUGCAGGAGUUUGAGUAGUGAGAAUUCCGGGAACAGGCUCAGCUGGUGAGAUUAGAAAUAGUUGUGUUAGGGUCCCGGGAGACUGUAGUCUGCUUCGGAGAAAGGCAAGAUGAUGUGGCAGAAAUGAGUAGCUGCUACUGGGGAAGCGAGGGUUUGGGGAUUAAGAUUGCCUCUUACAGUGACUUGGGCUGUGUACUGAGACCCUGUCUUAACAUCUCCCCGAAAGAAUUAACAACAGUGCUUGGCACAUGGUACUGCCCAGCACGAGUUGCCAUCCUCAUCAUGAUUUAGAGAGGACGUAGAAGAGAAAUGAAAAGUGAUGGUGUCAGCAAGGUAAGGCAGGCAGGGGAUAAAAUGAAAUUCCAACCUGAAAUGGGAUGGAAUUAAAUGUAUUUAAAGGAAGUAAGUGAAACAAAGGCCUACCAAUUAGGAGAACAAUGUGCUGCUAAAAAGGCAGAGGGUUCAUCCCUGAAAUGACCUUUAACUUCCACACAGGUUAGGUGGUAGCUGAAGACAGCAGCUGUGUUGUCCGUACUUUCAGACCACUGCCAGGUUAGCUGAAGGGUAAAGAAAGAAGGAUUGGACGUCUCUUAUUGUUAAGACCUGGCCAACUUUGUGGCUCUCACUAUAAUCUCCACUCUCAAGAGAUUGAGGUAGGAAAGUCCAUGAGUUUGAGGCUAGUUUGGGCAACAUAGGGAGUUCCAGAGCCGCUUAAGCUACAGAGUGAGCUGAGACCUUAUUUCAAAAACAAUAACAAAGCCGGAAGUACUUUUGGCUUGUUAAAAUCUCAUAGGUUUUUGUUAGUUCCAGAAUAAUAGAGAGCAGAGCCCUAAAAACAGUAAGAUCGAUUUUAUAUAUAUACUGUUUAAAAAGUUAGGUCUGUCUAAAGUCUAGACUCCUAGGUUUUAGUUUCCUUAUGUCUCUCUGGCUCUACAGAUGACUUAAGUGUAGGGAAACUUUUCUUGACAAUUGUGCAUAGUGAAGCUUUCUGAUGGUGCCUCGGGACCUAAUAUCAGGUCCCUGGCAUGGAUGGUCGGGGAACCUCUCAGUGACUUCUUAUGAACAUGGUACUCAUAUAGCCAGGAAGCAAAACUGACAGUCCUUUCUUUUGACUGCUGCCCCUUCUUUCUAGGCUGUGGCCCCUCUGCAGAGGAAGAUGCCGCCGCCACCUGUCUGUUCCUUCUGAGCCUCCAAGUCUCUCUGCCACACCGCCCCAUGGAGGACACGCCCCUUUCAUUUGGUUGCUCUGACUGUCAGAGACAGUUUCCUAACCUCCCCGAGCUGUCGCGGCAUCGAGAACUACUUCACUCAUCUGCUAACCAGGACGGUGAGGAAGCUGAUGGUGUCUCUCACCCCUGCCCCAGUCAGCAGUGUGAGCGUGGCUACCGUCACCCAGGGAGCUUGGCCAACCCCCAGCAGAACCACGGGAUUGGUCUUUUCCCCUGUACUACCUGUGACAAGGAUUUUGCUAAUCUCUUGGCCCUCCAGAGCCACAUGAGGACUCAUGCUCCUGAAGGCCACCAAAGGCAUGGGCCCCCACACACCAAGGAAACCUCUCCACAUCAGAGCGAGCAAGUGUGCACUGACUCUUGGGGUCAAAGGCUUGGUUCUGGGGAAGGCUGGGAAAAUCAGACAAAGCAUGUACAAAAGACACAUGGUUAUGAAUCUGGAGCUGAUCCCAGGGCAGCUGCAGGUACUUGGGAAGAUCCACCUAGAAAACGAAGAGAGAGCUUAGAAAUCCAGCCAGAUCCUAAUGGAAGCGCAGAAGACUGGGUACCCACCACCAGUUCUGAUGGAGCGCCACCAUUCCCUACUCCAGCGAGCAACCUCCUUAGCAAUUUGGAGCAGUAUUUGGCUGAAUCGGUAGUGAACUUCACGGAGCCCCAGGAGUCCACUGAGCCGCUUCCUACUGAGGAGGAGCGAAAAUACAAGUGCAAUCAAUGUGGAAAGACCUAUAAGCAUGCCGGGAGCCUUACCAACCACCGGCAGAGCCACACUGUUGGCAUCUACCCUUGUGCCAUCUGUUUUAAGGAGUUCUCUAACCUCAUGGCUCUGAAGAACCACUCACGACUCCACGCCCAGUACCGGCCUUACCACUGUCCCCACUGUCCCCGUGCCUUCCGGCUCCCUCGGGACCUGCUGGAACAUCAGCAAUCCCAUGAGGGGCUAAAGCAGGAACAGCCAUGUGGCGAGAAAGAAAUGCCUACCACAAACGGACACGCAGAGGAAAGGGGCUGCGAUCAGCCACCUAAAACAGAGAUGCUCAAUGGUUCUGGGGAGCUCGGCACUUCUGGGCAGCUAGAGGAUGGUGGCCCAGAGGAGUAUCGACCUUUCUGCUGUGGGGACUGUGGCCGUACUUACCGUCAUGCAGGUAGUCUCAUCAACCAUCGAAAGAGCCACCAAACAGGUAUUUACCCCUGUUCCAUUUGUUCCAAGCAGCUCUUUAAUGCAGCCGCUCUAAAAAACCAUGUGCGUGCUCAUCAUAGACCCCGGCCAGGAGCAGGGGAAGAUGGUCAGUCAUCGGUAUCCUCAGGAAGGACGUUGGCUGAGGCUACCCCAAAAGAGGAAGAGGUCCCCACUGCCAACCUGGACCAUCGUCCCUAUAAGUGUAGUGAGUGUGGCCGGGCCUACCGCCACAGGGGAAGCCUGGUGAACCAUCGCCACAGCCAUCAGACAGGGGAGUACCAGUGCUCGCUCUGUCCUCGAAAAUACCCCAACCUUAUGGCUCUGCGCAACCAUGUGCGGGUACAUUGCAAGGCCACACGCCGAAGUACAGACCCUGGGACUGAAGAUUCGCCUAGCCCUGUCAAGAAGGAGCAGCCUGACCCAGCUGGAGCAGAAGCAGCAUUUCACACAGAUCAGGAGCACACGUGCCAGCGAGAAGAGGCCACCAGUGCCCUCUCAACAGCAAACAGGACGAGGCCACACAGGUGUAGCGUUUGUGGGAUGUUCUUUGAAGAUCUCAAGAGUCUCGAACGUCAUAACAUGACCCACAGGGCAGGGGAAGGGGACAAGAGCAGGACAGGCAGCACAGCAUCUCCGCCAAGAGCAUUUGCAUGCCGAGACUGUGGGAAGAGCUAUCGCCACUCCGGCAGCCUUAUCAACCACAGGCAGACCCACCAAACAGGAGACUUCAGCUGUGGGGCCUGUGCCAAGCAUUUCCAUACCAUGGCUGCUAUGAAGAGCCAUUUACGACGUCACAGUCGGCAGUGGAGCAGGAGGCAUCAGAAACGAGAUAGUAAUGCUGGGGAAGAAGCUGCCAAACUCCCACCUGUGGGUACCUGGACCCUGAAGUUGGAAAACCAUGAGGACCUGGAUUGUUCCCAAGACCCUUUGGGAGAAAGUCCUUGUGGUACUGAAGACGACCUGGAAAGGGCUGGAGACUGUUUGCAGGCUGGAUCUAAAGGCAACAGAUGUGAGCUUAAAAAGGAUGAAGCCUGUUUCCUGGGUGAUAAAGAGGGUACAGGCACUGAGGAAGGACUAGAAAAGAAAGAGGCCUGUUUCCGCAACUUGAACAUCCCAGGUGACGAGGAAAGCAGUGAAACUGGCUUUUGUGAUAGCCUCCCUGGGUUGGACAGUGACCGGAAGCCUGGCAUCUGCCAGUCGGACUCCUCCCGUCCUGCUGACGCUGAUGCUGACACUGACACUGCCACUGCCUGGAAGGCUGGAGUCACUCACACAUGUUCUGAUUGCGGGGAUUCUUUUCCCAGUGCUGCCGGCCCAUUGAGCCAUAGGUCCUGCCACCCUCCGGGCAUCUAUCAAUGCUCUCUGUGUCCAAAAGAGUUUGAUUCUUUGCCUGCCCUUCGUAGUCACUUCCAGAAUCACAGGCCAGGGGAGGUAGCCUCAGCACAGCCUUUUCUCUGCUGCCUGUGUGGUAUGAUCUUUCCUGGGAGGACUGGGUACAGGCAUCAUCUGCGCCAGGCUCAUGGCUCUUCUAGCAUAACUGAGGGCUCAGAAGAAGAAGAGGAAGGCACCUCGGAAGCAGCCUCUACCCGCAGUCCCCCCCUGCAGCUCUCAGAAGCAGAGCUGCUGAAUCAGCUGCAGCGUGAGGUGGAAGCUCUUGAUGGAGCAGGUUAUGGGCACAUUUGUGGUUGCUGUGGCCAGACCUAUGAUGACCUUGGGAGCCUGGAGCGUCACCACCAAAGUCAAAGUUCCAGCAAUAGGACAGAGAAUAUUCCUGGCCACUUAGAAGGAUCAGGAGAUGCAAUAGAAAUGGUUGCAGAUGAUGUCUUUGAGGGCACAGUGACCUCUGUCUCAGAAGAAGGUGGGGACACAAAGUCUGAAGAGGGAGUAGGUGGCACAGUAGCAGACAGUCUUUGCAUGCAGAGUGGUGAAAACUCUCUGGAGUCCCACCCCCGCCCUUUCCAGUGUAAUCAGUGUGGGAAGACCUAUCGCCACGGAGGAAGCCUGGUGAACCACCGCAAAAUCCAUCAGACAGGUGACUUCAUCUGCCCUGUCUGUUCCCGCUGCUACCCCAACCUCGCUGCCUACCGGAAUCAUCUGCGGAACCACCCUCGAUGCAAAGGCUCAGAGCCCCAGUUGGGGCCCAUCUCGGAGGCAGGAGGCCACAGUGAAUCCCAGAACGUGGCAGAGGCAGAGCGGGAGCAGGCCUUCGUGGGGCAGCUCCAGGAAGAAUUCAAGGUGGAAUCCUCGGAGGAUCUGGCAAGGGAGAAGGAGGAAGUGUGGGAGGAGAGCACUGUGAAGGAGGAGGAAGCGGAGCAGAGGCUGGAGACAGGCUGUCAGACUGACGUCAGUUCUGAGCGCCCCUUUAGCUGUGAAGUGUGUGGCCGCACCUACAAGCAUGCCGGCAGCCUCAUCAAUCACCGGCAGAGCCACCAGACUGGCCACUUCGGCUGCCAGGCCUGCUCCAAAGGCUUUUCGAAUCUCAUGUCACUUAAGAACCACCGGCGCAUCCACGCAGACCCUCGGCAUUUUUGCUGCAGUGAAUGUGGGAAAGCCUUUCGCCUGCGGAAGCAGCUGGCCAACCACCAGCGGGUCCAUACUGAGCCACGUAGGGGUAAGGAGACCCAGAAAUUGCUUCGUGAGGAUUGGCCUUUCAGGUGUGGGCAGUGUGGCCAGACCUACCGCCAUGCUGGCAGCCUCCUGAACCACCAAUGCAACCAUGAGACAGGCGGUUACAGCUGCCCCUUCUGUUUUAAGACCUUUUCCAGUCGCACGGCCCUGAAAGACCAUCAGAGGCUGCAUUCUGACAGCCAGCGGCGGAAAGCAGGAUGGCCCCAAAGGGCAGCAGCUGUACGUUGUACCCUUUGUGGCCGUGGCUUUCCUGGGCAGGGAUCUUUAGAGCGGCAUCUGCGGGAGCAUGAGGAGACCAAACUAGAGCUGGCCAGUGGCCAGGGAGGCCAGCAUGGUACCGAAGGCAGUGAGGGGAACCUUGAUAGUGACUGGGAACUGCAGGGCAGCUCAGAUGGCAUUCAGUCAGUUCUGCCACUGGAGCGUGGAACCAAGAGGCCGAGGGAACACAGUCAGAGUCCCAGUGGGCCUGCAGGUCCAGAAGUCACAGAAUCUUUAUCUUGGGAGGUGGGAAAGGUAGAUGGGUGUCAAGGAGACAGGGGACAGACGAGUCACAAUGGUGCCUGGGCUCUUCAGGAUCAGUUAACCAAGCCAGAAGGCAAGUUGGAAGUUGCUGUCUCCAGGAAUCCUCGUCACCCCUGUGAGAGCCAAUCCAAUGGUCCUGCUGUAAGUUAUAUGGAUAGCUGGGAUGGUGGAGACAGCAGCUCUCAGCUCCAACCAGAGAGCCACCCCUAUUGCAGCCAGUGUGGCAAGACUUACUGCCAACCUGGCGGCCUCUUGAACCCCAGCAGUAAUAGAAAAGACGGUCACAGUUGUUUGCCGUGUUCCAAAAAGUUCUUGAAUCCUGUGAGCACUAAGAUCCACAACCACACUGCUGCCCAGCCCUUUGGUUGCAGUAACUGCAGCGAAGUGUGUGAGGCCCACAGUGAACUGGCCACACACAUGCAAACUCACCACGUAAUCGAGCACAGUCAGGUGCCAGGUCAGACAGAGGAGGCCAGAGAUCCACAAGCAGGGAUGGUAGAGGUGGAUUUCCCUGGCCCAGGGGAAGCUCAGGAGGCCCCAUCAGAACCUCUGAGAGACCCAGAAGAGAAUGGGAAGCCAGCUAAUGGAGGACAAGGAAUAAAUUUCACAGCAGCUGAAGACAAGGAACGUCCAUUUUGCUGUGCCCAGUGUGGACGUUCCUACCGCCAUGCUGGCAGCCUGCUGAAUCACCAGAAGGCCCACACCACUGGCCUCUACCCUUGUUCCCUGUGUCCCAAACUCCUGCCCAACCUGCUGUCUCUCAAGAACCACAGCAGGACCCACACGGACCCCAAGCGCUAUAGCUGCAGCAUCUGUGGCAAGGCUUUCCGGACCGCUGCCCGGCUUCAGGGCCACGAACGGGUCCAUGCACCCCAGGAGGGCCCAUUCACCUGUUCUCACUGUCCUCGCCACUUCCGCCACCGAAUCAGCUUUCUGCGGCACCAGCAGCAGCACCAGGAGGAGUGGACAGUGUCUAGCUCAGGAGUUUCAGUGGCAUCAGCAGCAAGCAGAGGGGACUCAAGUACAGCCUCGCUCCUGAACCCCUCACCCCAGUGGCCUGCAGACCUCAACUUCUCCCUCUGAACUUCGUCUCCAGAGAACAGCUCACUGAAGUUGGAGUACGAGCAGGGCAAGGAGAGGCUUGGAUCUCCACAUUUCUCUCAGGAGUUGCUUGGGCAUCCCCAUCUCCUCUGCCCACAAAGACAACCCUGAUCUGGUUUCUUUCUCGAGAAGGGCAUGAGGUAGUCUUCAAGUCUGCCCAUGAAGGAUCUCCUCCCAAGCCUGUGUCACCAUGUUCUUCAGGGCCAGGCUCUGCCAAAAUGCUGGGAUGGCCAGAUUCUAAGCCAGGGAGAGGCAGAUUGAGAGUACCACAGGUGGGAAAGUUGCCUGUGGGAGGGGAGCCUUUUACUAUAGUUUGUAACUUAUUUUCUAAAAUCUAUUUUGUAACAAUUUAUUUAAGUUUUAAAAAAGGAAAAUUGCUCCCCAAACCCCACCCUCCAAAAAACAACUUUUUUUUUUUCACAACA